CUCUCUGAGAAGAUGCAUCUUUCUCUCUCCAUGCUGCUCUUUCUCUUAUGCUCCAGAGCUGAUGCCGGAGAGAUCAUCGGGGGCACAGAGUGCAAGCCACACUCCCGCCCCUACAUGGCCUACCUGGUAAUUCUCACUUCUCAGAACCACCAGAAGAAUUGUGGUGGUUUCCUAAUAAGACGGAACUUUGUGCUGACAGCCGCUCACUGUUCAGGAAGAUCUAUGACAGUCAUCCUGGGAGCCCAUAACAUAAGUAAGAAAGAAGACACGUGGCAGAAGCUGAAGGUUGUAAAGCAAUUCCCUCAUCCAAAAUAUGGUUCUAUUUUAUUUCACCAUGACAUCAUGUUACUAAAGUUGAAGAAGAAAGCCAACCUGACCCUGGCCGUGGGGACACUCCCCCUCCCAUCCCAAUUCGACUUUGUUCCACCUGGAAGAAUGUGCCGAGUAGCCGGCUGGGGAAAGACAGGUGUGAUGGAGCCAGGCUCAGACACUCUGCAAGAGGUGAAGAUGAGACUCAUGGACCCCGAGGCCUGCAAACACUUCUCAACUUUUGACCACACUCUCCAGCUGUGUGUGGGCAAUCCCAGGAAGACAAGAUCUGCAUUUAAGGGAGACUCUGGGGGUCCUCUUCUGUGUGCUGGGGUGGCCCAGGGCAUUGUCUCCUAUGGACAUCCUGACGCAAAGCCCCCUGGUGUCUUCACCCGAAUCUCUCAUUACCGGCCCUGGAUCAACAAAAUCCUGAAGGAGAACUAGCCCUGGAAGGGGUCUUUCACCAGACCUGAGCAGAGCAGGUUCUC